AUGAUUCCAGAUGGGACAUAUGCCCUAGGGCAAAUAACCAUUGGAGGCCCUUACAAGGCUCCUAUCAAUUUCAAUGUCCAAGGCACUGUGAAGUCCCCGAUGGAUACCAGCAGGUUCAAGGCUGAAGCUGGUUGGAUUGCUUUCCAACAAAUCGACCAGUUCAUAUUGUCUUAUGGUGGAGUAUUUUAUGGCCAAGCAAAACCUGUAUGGAGCAGAAAAGGCCCCAGUUCUGCAUAUUGCAACCAACUUCCCAUCAAUCUGAGAUUCAACUUCAUCACCAAUAGCAUGGUCAAGGACAUAACUUCAAGAGAUAGCAAACAGUUUCAAAUGAAUCUUUUGGGGUGCAAGAAUUUGACUUUCUACAACGUUGAAAUUAGUGCACCAGAAGUCAGCAUUAAUACAGAUGGAAUUCACAUUGGACGGUCCUCAGGGAUCAAUUCAACCGUAGAAACCGGAGAUGAUUGUGUCUCAAUUGGUGAUGGCAGUGAGUAA